AUUAAAUAUUUAGUAGAUAUUUUACAAAAUCUAUAUUAGGAUAUGGUUCUAUCAAUUGCCAAAAGAUGGUUGAUCCUGCGUCAUUAUUUGUAUUUGGUGACACACAUGUACUUGAAUUUAAACAAAAAAAUAUUAAUCAGCUGGAUUUCUGGUUAAAAAUGUUUCUCCGAAUUUAUGGAAAAAAAUUAACACUUUUAACCUGUAUACGUUAUUAUUCAUCAUCUAAAUUACAGGAUAUUCCAUCCGAAUUCAUUAAAACUAUUACAUACAGAACCUGUGUCGGUCUUUAUGAUCAAUUACGUCAAGAGCAGCCAAAAUUAUUUCGUAAAUCACCAUCCGAAGGAUUGGAUAUAACCAUUGAAUAUGUGGAUAAUUGGCAACCAAAUCAUCGAUAUGACAAAGUAAUUUUAGCCAUACAUGGAACAGCCGAUACUUAUCGAACAUUCACCAAACUUAUUCAACAUUUUCAUCAAAAAAACGUUCGCGUCAUCGUUCCAAAUCAACCAAAUUAUGGAUAUACACGUCGAACAAAUUUUCAAUAUUGGCAUACAUUCGAUGAAAAAUAUUAUUGUUUUAAGGAUUUUUUAAAACAAUUGAAAAUCGAUCAAAUAGAUUGUCUAAUUGGCCAUUCAUUUGGUGUACAUACAUGCCUGAUGCUUUGGGAACGACCACCAUGUGGUAUUCAAAUUCGAUCACUUGGUUUUCAUGCACCAGAAUUUGGCAUAAAAGCAAUUGAACCGAAAUUGAUUCGUGGUGCAAAAAUCCUAUUGAAAAUGUCUCAGUCACAUUUAUUGACAAAAUUAUUAAAAGCAACGAACUUUCAAAUUCCACCAUAUAAAUUUGAUAAUAUUGAUGAUUUAUUUUUAAUGUGUUGUUAUGCCCAAAAUAUACCAGAUAAAGUUAUUCGUGGUUCAAUCCGACGAUUAGAACGGUUGAAACCAAAAAUGCCUGGAUUCAUAACGUAUGGUACUGAUGAACGAUUAGUAUCAAAAUAUUCAAUUGAUAAACUCCAUGAAUUAUUACAAAUAUCAAAUCAGAUUAUUUCGAUUGAUACGGAUGAUUUACUUUCGAUACCAUCGUCAUCAACAUCAACGAUGAUGACAUCAUUUCAGCUCAAAGAUGCUGGACAUUUUCCACAUGUUCGUUAUUCGAAUAUUUCCCAUUAUCUUGUUGAACAAUUGUUGCGAUUGUAGAAAUAUCCACCGUUAUUUUUUAGUUAAUUUUAUUGAAUAAAAAUUUGCUCACUGUUGAUCAUCAA